AUGACGUUUUGUUCAAGUUGUGGCGCUAAAGCUGUUGAAUGUGCACUGUUCUGCCAUCAAUGCGGUUUUUCUGUUCAACAAGCUGGUGGUUCAGAUGUAUCACGGCUAGAAAAUGCUUCAGCCAGUCCGGCCACGUGCAGCAAGGUUCCAUCGCGUUUGCCGUCAGGUACCGGCCCUCCUCUGUUGACAUUUACAGAGUUUAGAAAGCACAAGGAAAGCGAUCAGCAAAAGCAUUUCAACACCAAGUCCAAGGCUUCGGGAAAGCGAAAAACCAAUGAAACUGACAAGGAAAAAUUGGUUCCAUGCAAAAUAGCAUUCAAGACCUAUCGAGAAGACACUGGCUGUUUGACAGUGGUCAGAGGAUCACAACAUUCGCUUUCCAUUUCUCCUGCCAUCAAUGCUUACGAGCUAAGAAGAAAAGCAGUUGAAAAGUUGAGCAGAUUUAAUCGCUCGUUGUCAAAUUACCCGGAACAUUAUUGCCUGUUGUAUCCUGAUUUAACGUUAGUUUGCAUGAUUCCGGGGACUGAAACACCCUUUACGCUGAAGCAAUAUAAAGAGGACUUGGGAAAACCAUACGAAAGACUUACUUUAUACAUUUGCAAAAGAGAAGACUACCUUGCCAACGAAGGCAUUGAUGAAGAUGAGGAUGACAACUUAUCUUCAAACCAG